UCUGCCCGCAGCGUGCAGCGUGCGCUCCGCCGCCACUCCGCCCUCACAUGUAGACGCACGCUCCCCGGCAGCUCAAACUCCGGAUUUCUGUCGGACUUCUUUCUCCCUGCCAUGCGCCUCGGACGACGCGGAUUUUCAUGCAAGAACUUUGCCGAAGUAGAGUCCCAUGGGCGCACGGGAUGCCCCACAGCGCGGGCAGCAUGUUUAACCGCAGGCUAGGGAGCGCGGCUACCUGGAAGUGACUCCACAUGAAGUUGUGAGUAUGAGAAAAAGAGGACAAGGAGGAUUUUCUCUCGGUUAGGGUCACCAAGACAGUAGCCGUGGACAAUGGAUGCUUUAAGUCUGUCAGUGAACGCUGUGUCCUACACUGUGGCAGCUGAACUCUCCACUACCGAUGAUCCCUUUAAUGGACCCAUUAAGAACAUCGCGCCGUGGAACUUCACUAUCCUGGCCGUGCUCAUGUUUGUGGUCACCUCGCUGUCGCUGAGCGAAAACUUCCUGGUUAUGUUCGUCACUUUUAAGUUCAAACAACUCAGACAGCCCCUGAACUACAUUAUAGUUAAUUUGGCCAUCGCCGACUUUCUUGUCUCCCUCACCGGUGGGGUAAUAAGUUUCCUGACAAACGCCAGGGGUUAUUUCUUCCUCGGGAAGUGGGCUUGCGUCUUGGAGGGGUUUGCCGUUACUUUUUUCGGCAUCGUAGCGCUGUGGUCGCUGGCCGUUCUGUCCUUUGAGCGGUUUUUCGUGAUCUGCCGGCCUCUGGGGAACAUCCGACUGCAAGCUAAGCAUGCAGUCCUGGGUCUGCUGUUCGUCUGGACCUUCUCCUUCAUCUGGACCUUCCCCCCAGUGCUGGGUUGGAACAGAUACACCAUAAGCAAGAUUGGAACCACCUGUGAGCCUGACUGGUAUUCAACCAACAUUAUGGAUCACAGCUACAUCAUCACGUUCUUCACCACCUGUUUCAUUCUCCCUCUUGGAGUGAUAUUCUUCUGCUAUGGAAAGCUCCUGCGGAAGCUCAGGAAGGUAUCUCAUGGUCGUCUGGCCAAUGCCAGGAAGCCAGAGCGUCAGGUGACCCGCAUGGUGGUUGUCAUGAUUGUUGCAUUCAUGGUGGGCUGGACGCCGUAUGCAGCCUUCUCCAUACUGGUCACAGCUCAUCCAAGCAUUGAACUUGAUCCCAGGCUGGCUUCCAUCCCCGCCUUCUUUUCUAAGACAGCCACUGUCUACAACCCAAUCAUCUACGUCUUCAUGAACAAACAGGAAGUGCCUAAUCCAGCUCUUCACCGGCAUGGGAACCAUACCAGACAGCAACCUGAACCAGACCUCAGAGCGACCCGGAGUAACUGCAGAGAGCCAAACAGGGGAAAUGUCGGCCAUUGCCGCCCGCAUCCCUGUGGGUGGCACUGCAUCACCCAGGUCUGACAAUUCUCCAACUGACUGUGGCUCGUUUGCUCAGCUGCCCAUUCCAGAGAACAAAGUGUGUCCAAUGUAACAGUAAACGUCAUCCCAGUAGGUGUUCUCUUAUUGUCUUCUGACCAUAAGAGUAGGAUAUUAAGAGUCCAUAAUAUCCUUCUGUAAAUUAGAUACAGUAUGUUUCUGAAGCUAAUUAAUUUCUUGGGGAGAUGGAGGGUACAGUGUGAAAAACAGAGAAUCAACUUUUGAAGGGUUUUCAUAGUGGAUGCUUCUAGCACAUUUUUAUAUUUCACUUGCCAAAGUAAUUAAAGACAGACACAAAACAUAAAAAG